GAUGUGACAUUCGCACUCCGAACCUUGUCAUUGUAAGUCUCGCCUUCUGCCACCAUGUCCUACAACUGCUGCUCUGGAAACUUCUCCUCCCGCUCCUUUGGAGGUUACCUGCGCCAUCCAGGCUCUUCAUGUGGCUCUUCCUACCCCAGCAACGUGUUCUACAGCACGGACCUCCAAUCUCCAAACCACUACCAGCUGGGAUCUUCUCUCCAUAGCAGCUGUCAGGAGACCUACUGUGAUCCCAACAGCUACGAGGAGUCCUGUGGUGUGGUGUCCAGCCCCUGCCAUACAUCCUGCUAUCGUCCGAGGACCUCCAUUUUCUGCAGUCCCUGCCAGACGACUUUUGCUAGACCUGUGGGCUUUGGGUCCAGGGGCUUUCACUCUUUUGGUUGUGGCUCCCCAUUCCUGGGCUGUGGAUCCCAUGGUUUCCAGUCAGUGGGUUGUGGUCCCCGCACUUUCUCGUCUAUAAAUUAUAGAUCCAAUUUUUACCGCCCAACCUACUUCUCUUCCAGAAGCUGCCAGUCCAUUUCUCACCAGCCAACUUGUGGCUUCCACUGAUCAUGAAUUUAAGGAGUCAGAAAUUUAAAGCUGAUACCCAAGAUACCAAGAUCUAUACAAUAAAUAUCCUAUCUUAUCACUAGUCUACAAAUUUGACGUUUACUGUUACUCAUCAUAGAUUAGGAAUAAUUUAAAUUUCAAUCUCUUGAAAACGGAUCCAUUGGGAAAAGAUGCCAAAACUGCUUCCGUGUAAUUAUACAGACAUGCAAUCCUGAUUCUUGCUUCUUUUUAAAUGUAUCUCCUUGUGGUUUCUCUUACUGAAUCAUUUUAAAUUUUACAAAUGGAAAAUACAACUUUAAAUAAAAUUAUGUUGCAUGAUA